AUGUCUCAAGCACCUACCGGUUCCUCCGCGAAUCCCGCGGAACUCCCGAACGGUAUUCCAGACCACCGGGCAAUGCCACCACCAGCACCUCAAGUAGAACAAGUUGCGGACAAAGGUGCGCCGGCUACGGGCGACCAGCCAAACCUCGACCAGCCCAACAUCGACCAGAUCAUGCAAGACCUCACCUCGGCUCCGGAUGGCGACCCUCUGCCGCUCGAGCAGAUACAAGCCUGGUUUCAGCAGCAGAUCGACAUGGCAGAAGCCUAUAAUCAAGCGGCAGAGCAGGCGGAGCACGCGGCCGAAGUCGAGCGUCUACAGCGCGAGGUCAAUCGGCUCCAACACGAGGCCAACCCAGAGCAAGCGGCCGAGCUCGAGCGUCUACGGCGCGAGGUCAAUCGGCUCCAGCAAGAAGUCAAUCGUCUCACCGAAGACAAUACCCGCUUGCAUUUUCAGCAAGGGGUACUUCUUAUGCCGCCGAUCAACCAGGGAAUCCAGAUCCCUAUGCUGGAGCAGCAAUUGCAGGUGGUGGCACAACAGCGAGACGUGUAUCGCGCGAGAUUUGAGGCAUCGGUGGUCCGGAUCAGGAAUUUUGAACAAGAAUAUCGGAUGAGUAGGGCCAUGCGUGAACGCAUGGUCCAAAUCAUUCGAAAUUUACUGAGGCAGUUGGGGGAGGGAGAUGAUCUCCGUGGGCGUGGUGGGAUUGGUAUGGAUUACUACUUUCGGAGGCACCUGUAA